GUGGUGAUGGGCUGGAGAAUGAGAAUGAGAAGCAGCGGAGGUUAUUUAAACCACAAUAUGCAAUGUCUUCAAAGAGCCAAAGUGAAUUCUGUAUAAGUCGUAAUCUGAUGCACCAUCAGAAGAUCCACUCAAAUGACAAAACAUAUAGUUGCAUGGAGUUUGGAAAGAGAUUCACUGAGAGUAGUGAAAUUAAUUGCCAUCAAAGGAUUGACAAAGAGGACAGACCAUAUAAAUGCAUGGAGUGUGGAAAAAGUUUUCAUUGGAACAGAGAUCUUAUUUGUCAUGAAAGAACCCACACUGGGGAGCGUCCAUACAAGUGCAUGGAAUUUGGAAAGAGAUUCACUGAAAGUAAUGAUAUUAAUUGCCAUCAAAGGAUUGACACAGAGGACAGAACAUAUAAAUGCAUAGUGUGUGAAAAGAGCUUUAUUGACAAAUGGCACCUUACUUUCCACCUAAAGAUGCACGAAGCGGAAAGACCAUAUAAAUGCAUACAGUGUGGAAAAGCAUUUGCUAAGAAAGGUUAUCUUAUUUAUCAUGAAAGAAUCCACACAGGGGAGAGACCAUAUCAAUGUACACAGUGUGGAAAAGCAUUUGCUCAGAAAUGUGAUCUUAUUAAUCAUGAAAGAAUCCACACAGGGGAAAAACCAUAUAAAUGCAUACAGUGUGGAAAAGCAUUUACUACCAAAAGUAAACUUAUUAAACAUGAAAGAAUCCACACAGGGGAAAAACCGUAUGAAUGUAUACAGUGUGGAAAAGCAUUUGCUCAGAAAGGUGAUCUUAUUAAUCAUGAAAGAAUCCACACAGGGGAGAGACCAUAUAAAUGCAUUCAGUGUGGAAAAACAUUUAUUCGCAAAAAUAAUCUUACUUCUCAUGAAAGAAUACACACAGGGGAAAAACCGUAUAAAUGCAUACAGUGUGGAAAAGCAUUUAUUUGCAAAAGUAGUCUUACUUGUCAUGAAAGAAUCCACACAGGGGAAAAACCAUUUCAAUGUACAGAAUGUGGAAAGAGCUUUGCUCAGAAAGUACAGCUUAAAUCUCAUAGCAGAAUGCACACACAGGACAGACCAUAUAAAUGCAUGGAGUUUGGAAAGAGAUUCACUGAAAGUAGUGAUAUUAAUUGCCGUCAAAGGAUUGACACACAGGACAGACCAUAUAAAUGCAUGGAGUUUGGAAAGNAAUGCCAGUAUGUGGUUAUGUAUUAA